ACCAGUUCUUGUUUUACGGUCGCACCGAGCUCUGCGGUUCUUAAAAAUAUUUUGGGUUUUCGGUUAAACUUAUGCACAAAAACUUGUUGUUUCACCGCAAAGAAGUGUAGAUUUCCUUUACAACAGUGUCUCGAGCGGCGAAUUCAAGAUGAAGAUAAAGGAACUGCAGAAGACGGUGAACAUCGCCUGGUCGCCGGCACAGCAACAGCAGAUUCUUCUGGCUGCCGGAACCGCCGCCCAACAGUUUGAUUCCAAUGCCAACGCCACCCUGGAGGUGUACUCGCCCAACUUCAGCGAUGCCACCUACGAUUUGGAGCUAAAGGCCAGCAUAGCCAGUCAGUACAAGUUCCAGAAGCUCAUUUGGAGCCCGGUGGGUCCACAUCCCAGCGGCCUAAUAGUGGGCGGCUGCGAAGCUGGUCAGAUCAACAUAUACUCGGCCGCGAAACUCCUGGCGGGAAAUGAGGAACCUUUGGUGGCACGUCAAGAUAAGCACACGGGUGCGGUUAGUGGGCUGGACUUUAACCCGUUCCAAAACAACCUGUUGGCUUCCUGUGCCUCCGAGUCGGAGAUCUACAUCUGGGAUCUUAACAACCCGGCCACUCACAUGAACCCUGGAGCCAAGACUCAGCCGCUGGAGGACGUAAAGAAUGUGGCCUGGAAUCGGCAGGUGCAACACAUCCUGGCCUCCGUUUUCAGCACCCGCUGUGUCAUUUGGGAUCUUCGCAAGAGCCAGCAGAUCAUCAAACUCUCGGAUACACAAUCGCGGGUUCGUUGGCAUGCCAUUGAGUGGCAUCCGGAGGCGGCGACACAGGUUUGGCUCGCUUCCGAGGACGACCAGGCGCCGGUAGUGCAGUUGUGGGACUUGCGGUACGCUACGGCACCUGCUAAAACUUAUCAGAUUCACGAGCGCGGCGUGCUGGGCAUGUCGUGGUGUCUGCAGGACACAGAUCUGAUGGUUUCGUGCGGCAAGGACAAUCGUAUCUACUGCUGGAACCCCAACACCAAGAUCCCCGAGGGAGAGAUUCUUUCCGAAGUAGCUACUACAGCUUCCUGGUACUCAGAUGUGCAGUUCUGCCCUAGGAACCCGGCACUUAUUGCCAGUGCCAGCCUGGAGGGCGCUGUGUCCAUUUACUCCCUGCACGGCGGCACCCAUCACCUCGUUCAGACGGCCAACAAGAUUGCCGACUCUUUCCCGGGCAUGGACCAGUUCGCCCAGGAGCCCAUUCCUCAGCAAGCAACGCAAGUGGUCUACCACGAUCUGACUCGUGCUCCAAAAUGGAUGAAAAGGCCCUGCGGUGUCGCUUUCGGUUUCGGUGGAAAGCUGGUCAGCUUCGAUAACACCUCCAAGACAGUUAAAGUGCAGCAGUUGACAACGGAAUCCGGCCUGGUGGAACGUGCCAAUGCCCUGGAGAGGUCGCUGGCUGAGGCCAACUAUUCCGAGUACUGCCGACAGCGGGCAGAUGAGACUGCAGAUCAGCACGGUCGCUACAUCUGGUACUUUAUCAAGGCGAACUUUGAUCUGAAUCCCAAGGAGGAAAUGCUCAAUCUUCUGGGAUACAACAAAGAUGAUAUCGACUCCAAGUUCAGCAAGUUUAUCAAGGAAACCGACCCGAACUCGGAUGUGGACACACUCACGACCCGCAUCUCGACCCUCACCCAUAGCGACUCUUCGGAGGUCGAGUGUGAUCAGAGUACUAAUUAUAGCACCGAUAAUUCGCAGACCCAGGAAAACAAGUUUGAUGGAAAUGCCAUCGACUUACAAAAUCAAAAUGACUUUGCUGCACCUCCGAGGCCACAGUUCAAGAUUCCGAGUGGAGAACACACCGAUAGCCUGAUUUCGGAGGCCAUUCUUACGGGCAACGUGGAGGCUGCUGUGGAGCUUUGUCUGGAAGCCAAUCGCAUUCCAGAGGCGUUGAUUAUAGCCUCAACAGCUGGAAUCGAAAUCCUGAACCGCACCCAGACGCGUUACCUGCUGCAGCAGAAGAGCGAGCUGUCCCAUGUGAUCUCCGCUCUGGUGAGCCGAGACUGGCUGGACUUUGUCAACCGCUGUACCGUGGACUCCUGGAAGGAAGCUCUGGCAGCCGCUCUCCGACACAGCGAGCGCAAGGCAGCGGACAUCUGCGAACGUCUGGGCGACCGGUUGCUGGCCGAAUGCGGCACCAGUGCCGAGUAUACCCGCAACGCUAUGCUUUGCUACAUCUGCGCUGGCAGUCUGGACAAGCUAGUGAGCGCCUGGUACCAGCUGAAGCGGCUGGAGCAGAAGAACCCUGGCUACAAGCCCAGCACCACCGAGUUGCAGGAUCUGGCUGAGCUGGUCAUGCUCAUGUCCAAGUCCCUCGAGCAGCAGGGCGUGGCCGUGGACCUGGCCGGCCGCUUUGCCGGUUUCCUAACCGAAUACGGUAGUCUUCUGGCCUCCCAAGGAGCCCUUACUGCUGCUCUGCAGUAUAUUACUACCUUGGGCGGUGGCGAUGUCAGCGAAAACGAUGUCCUGCAGAGCCUGCGCGACCGCAUCAAUAAUGCCGUUAACCUGGACUACGUCCAGCCCCAGGCAGCUCAAGCUGGCGCCCCUCUAGGCUACCCACAACAGCGGAUUCGCGGAUCGUUCUCCCAGCCGCAGCCCGCAGUGCCCUUGCAAUAUGGACAACCAUCCAACCAGUAUGCCCAGCCGAGCUGGCCAGCUCCAGCACCGCCGGCACCGACCACAUAUCCGGUGGCCCAACCACCUCCGCAAAUUUUCAAUCCACAGCCGGUUAAGCCAGAACCUCUGGCUCAUCCACCGCGCCCGCUAAGCAAUGCCAGCUCCUCGAGCGGUCCUCCGCCAUCAAGCGGGGCAGGGCUUACUGGGGGCUCUGGUCUCCAUGCGCGCUCCAAGUACGUGCUGGACCCGUCAGUAGCUGCACCCACAAGCUCCUAUGGCAUGCCAUAUAAUCCAGUUCCGGCCCCUGUGCCAUCUGCUGUUCCCUUCCCCGGUGCCCCAGCUCCUGGACCCACCGUUCCGCAACCUUCAGCCGUGCCCACGUACAACAGCAAUGCUUUCAAUCCCAAUCCUCUGGCGCCUGCUCAACCCUACAACCCGUCGCCUUUCAUGGGAGGGCAGCAGAACGCCUUCUUGCCGGGCGUGAAUCCCAUUGAGACGCUGCCGCCUCAAGCUGCUCCACCGGUCAUUCAGAAUGUGCAGCGUAAUCCCACACCACCACCGGGUUGGAACGAUCCUCCAGCUCUUAAAUCGUCUAGGGCGCCGAAACCGAAGCCUGUAGUGGAGCCAAGUGCAGCUCCCAUCUUGCAUCCCCUGUUCCCAGUCGACCCCAAUCAAAAUCAAAAUGGAUACAUAGAUCCCUCUCAAUAUCAGAAUGCACCACCACCUGGAGGAGCACCGAAUGCAUACUACAACCCAGCUGCCUUUAACAAUAACCCCCAGCAGCAGCAGCAGCAGUCGUACCUCCAGCCUCAACAGCAGCCACUUAAUGUCCACCAGCCGGGGAUACCAAAUCAAGGAGCACCUCUGCAACAGAACUGGCAAGGAGGCCAACAAACCAUAGGCUACACCGAGCAGCCGGCUCCCAUUCAACAGCAGCGACAGCCGGAACCACCCAAGGAGAAGCCACCACUACCCGAGGAAUACAUCUACUUGCAAACAGUGCUGGAGGAACUGAAGAACCGAUGCCUAAGUGCAACGAAUGAUCCGCGCACUAAACGCAAGUUUGUUGAUGUGGUUAAACGGUUGGAAAACCUGUACGACUGCCUAAGAGACGGAAAGCUCACACCCACAACGGUGCAAUAUCUGAACCAGAUUAUACAGUACAUUCAAAUAGCCGAUUAUGCGAAUGCACUGGAGAUCCACACACGCAUCGCUUUUGGCACGGACUUUGCGCAGUGUGCGGGCUUCAUGCAAGGCCUGAAGGUUCUCCUGCAAUCGGCAUCUGAACUGCAGUUGGUCCUGCGCUAAACUAAAGCUCACUAAACGUUAUUCUUACUGUGUCUUCUCUUAUAUGAAUGUCUAUUGUGUUUCUUUGUAACAGAGUGUGGUUUCCUUUGUUAGUGUAUCGGUUGAUUGCCAAACGAAUGUCGAACGUUAUUCCGUGUAUUGAAAUAUAUUUCCACUUAAAUAGGAAUUACACAAAUUCAUAAAUAACAAAAAUAAACAUAAUUCACUUUUUACAGCA